GUAAUUUUUGAAGGGCUUUUCCUGGAGAAGAAGCGAACUCUGUGUUGCAAGGAAACACGAGAUCGGGGAGUUUAAGCUGAUUCUCCUCGGCGAAAUCCGAAUCUUGUCGGAGACUCUGAUUUUCCGACAAUGGACGUGAUAAAGACGCAGCAAAUAUCGGCGAGAACGAUCGAGAAGGUGAUUGUUCAUCCACUCGUCUUGCUCAGCAUCGUCGACCACUACAACCGCGUCGCCAAGGACACGCGCAAGCGCGUCGUCGGCGUUUUGCUCGGAACCAGCUUCCGCGGUACCGUCGAUGUCACCAACAGCUACGCAGUGCCCUUUGAGGAGGACGACAAAGAUCCAAGCAUUUGGUUCCUUGAUCACAACUACCAUGAGUCGAUGUUCCAUAUGUUCAAGAGAAUCAAUGCGAAGGAGCAUGUUGUGGGUUGGUACAGCACUGGUCCUAAACUUCGAGAGAAUGAUUUGGAUGUUCAUGCAUUGUUUAACAACUAUGUUCCAAAUCCUGUGUUGGUCAUAAUUGAUGUCCAACCUAAAGAACUUGGGAUACCUACAAAAGCAUACUACGCAGUUGAAGAGGUGAAAGAGAAUGCUACCCAGAAAAGCCAGAAAGUCUUCAUCCACAUUCCUACAGAAAUUGCUGCUCACGAAGUUGAAGAAAUCGGUGUGGAACAUUUGCUCAGGGAUGUAAAAGACACAACUAUCAGCACCCUUGCAACUGAGGUGACUGCAAAACUUACUGCUUUGAAGGGGCUGGACGCACGUCUUAGGGAGAUCAGGAGUUACCUCGACCUUGUCAUCGAAGGAAAGAUCCCACUAAACCAUGAGAUUUUAUACCAUUUGCAGGACAUAUUCAACUUGCUUCCUAACCUGAAUGUGAACGAGCUGGUGAAGGCUUUCGCAGUGAAAACAAACGACAUGAUGUUGGUGAUCUACCUUUCUUCGCUCAUCCGAAGUGUAAUUGCCCUCCACAACUUGAUCAGCAACAAGCUGCUGAACAAGGAACACGAAAAAGCUGAGGACUUGAAACCUGUUUCAAUACCUGCAACAAGUGGGAACUAAAUAACAAUGGUGCUUGCACCUCGGAUGUUCUGAUCUGAUCUGGGUCUGUCGGGUUUCCAGUUCAUCUGUGAGCUUACUCGUUACCCCCUUUACAAUUGCUACCUGUGUUCGGAAAAAGAAAAGGGACAAGCUCGGACAAACAGGCAUGACCCAGUCCCAGUUAGUUGUUCACUUCGGCAUCCUGUCUCAGUUUUUUACUGUUUUGUUGCGGUAAUUGUUUACUCUGAUCUUACUGUCUCGAGAUUCGGGGUUAGUCUAGGCCGAUCUCAGGUGCAAAGUUUCAGAUCAGAUCAUGUUAUGUGAACACAUUUGAACUGUUUUGAUACGGUCAGACAUCAGUACAGUAGCUUAAAGGGAAAAGCAUCUUAUCGGUUUGCUUUAAGACCGGACAGGAAGCAAUGACGACAAGCUAAGCCUUGUGCCUGCCUGCAUUCA